CUCAAAUCAAUGCAUUCAUUGAUCUGAAACUCGGUUUUUUAUAUAAAUAAUGGCAAAACAACUAGGAAAAAUAUAUUUGGGUUAUGAAGAUGAGACGAUUGGUGACCGAAAUCAAACCCUAUUGAACUAUACAGUGAAUAAAAUCGGAGGUCUACCCGACUGGCCACCUCUUGAAAAUCUACAAAUUUCCACGAAAUGCCCUCUUUGUGGUCUACACAGACUUCUUGUUAUACAAUGUUAUGCACCACUUGAGAAUUCUAUUUAUCAUCGCACUUUAUAUGUUUUCGCGUGUAUAAAUCCUAAUUGUUGGAUUCAGUCUGAAAGUUGGUUAUGUGUAAGAAGCCAGUGCCAAGAUAAUUCCUCCAAAGAGUCGAGAGCUAUUGUAACCCUCCCUAAUCCAGAUACUACACUGUCAUGGUGUCAGGGCGCUGAUGAAUGGGAUGAGAAUGACAAUGAUACAGCAAAUGGCAAUUUUAUGAAUGUUGACAAUGCUCCUAGCCCCAACAAUGCUGUGCAACGGAAUUCCGAUGAAGAUGAAGAAAGCAAUUCUUAUGAAUUGGAAAAUGUGGAACAAGCUUUUGGAAAUCUACAAGUAUUUGAUGCUCACAAUGCGAACAUGUCACCUAUACAAGGAGCUAUGGGUGCAAUUGGAGCUCCAGCAGCUGCAGCAGAGUUAGAGGGAGGUGAUGAACCAGGGUUGGUCACUGUUGACACACCAACAGCUCCCACCAAUGAUAUUGAGGCCUUACUGCAACAAACUGCAGAACUGCCUCCAGACUUGAGAAGUCGUCUGAUGUGUGGACCAUUACAAUUUGUGCCGAAAUAUAUUUUUGUUGAAGAAGAGUGGAAGAAGUCAAUGGGCAAUGAUGAUAGAGCUAAUGAAUUGCUAAAUAAGUAUAAAAUUGAAAAUGAAAUUGAAGUAUGUGCUGGGGACCGAGUUGUAGGUGGUGGUGGAUCCGAUGAAGAACCUUACGAGGAAGCGGCACCGUUACAUGGUGAUAGACUGUUCCAUGCAUUCAUAACACGAUUGCGCAAUCAUCCAGGCCAAAUACUCAGGUAUUCGAGGGAAGAACCCCCUGUCCUGGGUGCGCCUUUGCCAAGUACUGCAACUACCCCAGACACUCCGAAUAUGCCAACUAUUUGCUCACGCUGUGGUGCGAGACUCACCUGUGAGCUACAACUAGUGCCUGAGUUUGCUGAAACUCUCCGAUUGCUACCUACCAACCAGUCUUUAGCACACUUACAUUUUCUCUCUGUACUGAUAUUCACUUGCUCACAAAGUUGCUGGCAAUCAUCCGAUACAUUGGUAAAGGAAUUUGUUGUCUUUCAACCUGAGGUUGUGUAAAUUAUGCAUUAUUUAGACUGUUUUGUUGUUUUUGGCCUUCUAAAGUUGUUAAAAUUGCAAUACAUAUUUACGUUUAUGAAAGGUGAGGUGUGAUUAUGACAGAAAUUAUAUGACAUGGUAGACACAAGGCUGGAAUAAAGAAGACAAUGAAAGGUUUUAGCAAUUACAUAAAUGUUUGCAAUAAAUAAUCACAAUUUUACCCGUGACUUAAACUUAUAUUUAUUACUGUACUGUGAUCGUAUUUUCCACUAGGAUAUAAUGAUUUCAAUAUAUAAAGAUGUUUAUGAACAUCAAUAAUUGUUAUUUAAAAUAUAUAGUGGACUAUGUCUAGUCUAAAGUAAGCUUAAUAUAUUUUUUGCUUUAUGAUAUUCUCACAAGUUUACUCAAUCAAUUUGAUAGUAUGCUAGAGAAUCGUUGUAAUUAAUUUUGUAACAUUGCAAUAUUUGCUAUACAUUGAAUUUUCUAUGACUAUUUACGACACUUCAGAAAUUUGCAAUAAUUUUUAUUAUCAUGUAUUUCAGUUGGCUUCUUGAAAGCGUCGCAUUUAGAGCUUUCUUACAAUUUAUAGAUAAUCAGGUAAUCUCUAGUAUGGCAUUUUAUAAUUAUAAUAUGUAUAUUAAAAUAUCCUUAAAUGUCCAUGAAUAACUGCCAAGUAGAAGUAAGAGUAUUAAAGGAGAGUAAAAGUUAAGAAAGUAUGUGCUUUCACUAUGGUAGGUAUUUAUUUUUAUCAGAAUACAACUGUUUGUCUGUAGCAUAUCCUUAAGCCACAUCGUAUUGCCGCUUUAAAAUUUAAAUUAUUUGGUAAUCUAAUUGAUUAUGGUUUUGAAAAAGAAGAAACAUCAAUUGUUUAAAAAAUCAUAAAUUAUAUUAAAGAAAGAAUUUUAUAAGUUAUGUAUAUGUUUGUUUUAUAAUACUGACAGUACUCUAAAAGAGUGUUGAGUAUCUCUAUACUUAAUAAAAUAUAAUUUACAAAAUCUAAACGACAAAUAUGUCACAUAAACAUAAUAAUGUGUUUGCUAGUUUAGAGAAAAAAGCCUUGUUAUUCAAGAAUGCUCAAUGGGUACAUAAUAUAUGUAUUGCAUUGUUUGAUGUUAUCCUAAAUAAUUGGUAAUAAUAAAAUUACUCUAAGUAUUUACUAAUUAAAUAUGUAGCAUUAAAAAUUAAUCUGUUUUCCGAUCCAUUAAACCAAAUUGCCUAUAAAAAUGUCAAUCACUGUAGUUUGUGGAAAAUAAAAUGUG